AUGACUCCCACCAUCACUGUCUACCGCGGUUUCCCAACAACAGCAGCCCAUGUCUGGUCUCCAUUCGCCAUCAAGCUCGAGGCUCGUCUACGCUUUGCCGGGUUGACGUAUACUAUCGAGCAAGGGUCUCCACGAACCGGGCCCCGCGGCAAGAUUCCAUACAUCAGCCUCAACACAUCCAAAGACAUUGUCGACGCCGAGUUCUUUUCAGACACCCAGCUCAUUAGUGACCUGUUAAAGGAGAACGGCAUAGUACCCGAUCUGAACGAGGCACUGUCCCCGGCAGAAACCGCAAUUGAUUUGGCCUUGACGGCUCUGUUGGAAGAUAAGCUCUAUUUCUAUAACGCCGUCGAACGAUGGAAUGACAACUACUACACCAUGCGAGACGGCAUCAUGGCCUCUAUCCCCUAUCCUCUGCGCGUGGUGAUUGGAUACAUAGCCUGGCGCCAAUGCAAUGCCACUCUCCACGGCCAGGGCACAGGCCGCUUUUCCGCCGACGAGAUUAAUUCCUUCCGGGAAAAGAUCUGGAGUAGUUUUGACAAUCUGCUUGCUGACGCGCGACACAAGACGGCCUCUGGUCAGAAGCUGUUUUGGGCUUUGGGUGGCAAGGAGCCUUCAGAGGCUGAUACGGCGUUGUUUGGGUUUAUUGUUGCUGGAUUGGUUUGCGAUGCGUCGCCGGUGUCUGCGAAAUUGAUUCGCGGCUUGCCGAAUGUGCUUGAAUAUGCGCGGAGAAUUCAUGAGACCUACUUCCCUGACUAUGAGGCGCCGAAAUGGGAUUGA